UCCAAAUUGAGCUAAUAUCAGCUCACCUGUUCUCACUUUGAUACGGUGGAUCAAAAUUAAUGAUAAACUGAGACAUUCCUUCAGUAUUUUAUAAAGGGCAUUGGAUUUUGUUUGAAACAUUUUUCGAUUAAGGAUUUCUUUAGAAGGCUUUACACCAAACUGUACUUUACAAAGUAAAUGUUGACAUCAUAACUCAGUUCAAUGCACGUUCCUCUUCAAAGAAAGGAAACGAAAAUAAAUUCGCAAAUCUCAACUACAUGUUAAACACCAGGCUUACUAAACACCGCUCAAAAAUAGAAGUAAAUGUAAAGGAACCCAACUAAUAACUAAAAAAAAAAUUCAAAUUAACAGAAAUCCUUUAUGCAGAAUGUGUUUGAUGUAUCAAGAGGUAACUACAAUUAUAUAAAUGACGGUCACAUCGAUUAUUUCCGACGUGUAUUAGGUACAAAUAGAGUUAUUACAAAUCCAGAAGAUGCAGAAAAAUAUAACGUCGAUUGGUUUUCUCAAGUAAGAGAAUCAAGUAAUCUUGUUGUUAAACCAAAAACUACUGAAGAGGUUUCUAAAAUUUUGUCUUUCUGUAACGAGAAUAAAUUAGCAGUAUGUCCACAAGGAGGAAAUACCGGGGUAAAUGGUGGAUCCAUUCCAGUUUUUGAUGAAGUGAUUAUAUCAACUGAAUUAAUGAAUGAAAUUAUUAGUUUAGAUGAAGAUUCAGGUGUACUAGUUUGUCAAGCAGGAUGUAUUUUAGAAACUAUAGAUAACAAAGCAGCUACUAAAGAUUUAAUAGUUCCUUUGGAUCUUGGUGCGAAAGGAUCUUGUCAAAUUGGAGGAAAUGUUUCAACUAAUGCAGGUGGUUUAAGACUGUUGCGUUUUGGAAAUUUACAUGGAAAUAUUCUCGGAUUAGAAGUUGUAAAAGCAGAUGGUGAAAUUUUAGACUGUCUUGGUACUCUUAAAAAAGAUAAUACAGGAUAUCAUUUGAAACAUCUCUUUAUAGGUUCUGAAGGGACAUUAGGCUUUGUUACGAAAGUCUCUAUUCAAUGUCCAUCGCGUCCUAAAUAUAUAAAUGUAGCUUUUCUAGGUUUACAGAAUUUUAACAAAGCCCUUAAAACCUUAAAAUUAUUGCGGUACCGCCUUGGAGAAAUUUUAUCUGCCAUUGAAAUGAUUGAUUACUGUUCAAUGGAUUUUAUUAAAAAUGUUGUCGGACAACAAUCUCCCAUAGGAGAUUAUCCAUUCUAUUUAUUGAUAGAAACUUCUGGAAGUAACGCUCUGCACAAUGAAGAGAAAUUAAAUAGUUUCUUGGAGGAAUCUUUACAAAAAGCUUUGGUACUUAAUGGAACUGUAGCCAAUGAGCCAAAUAAAGUUCAAGAUAUCUGGUCCAUAAGAGAAAAUAUACCGAACGGUUUUCAAAAAGUGGCAUCCAAAAUGUUGUACUAUGAUGUAUCUGUACCCUUGGCGCAUUAUUAUACUAUCGUUGAUGAUGUCGCCGAUUAUGCUAAAGAUAUCAGUGAGCGAGUAUUUGGAUUUGGUCAUAUAGGUGAUGGUAAUCUACAUUUACAUAUUCAACUGAAGAAUGAUUUAACUAAGGAAGUUAAAUCAAACUUUGAUUCUUUCAUUUUGGAAAAAAUUGUGAGAUAUAAAGGUAGCAUUAGUGCUGAACAUGGUGUGGGAUUUACAAAAGCGAAGCUGAUGGAUAAAAUCAAGCCCCCGAGUACUUUAAAAGUAAUGAAGGAUUUGAAGAAACUAAUGGAUCCAAAUGGAAUACUCAAUCCAUAUAAAAUUUUCAUUUAAUGUUGAAAUAAAUACCUGUUUUCAA